AUGAAUAAUGUAUAUACCUUGAAAGACAUCAAUAAAAAAAGCGAUGCUUCCACUAUAUCUGGGCGCCAGCUUGGUAUUGCAUAUGAGCAAGAACUCGAAGAGAAAUUAAACUCUGCUCUCAGCUCCAAGGCUGAGCUUAGAGAUCUCAAUGGAAGGUUAGUGGCUAAGUUUUUGCUCCUUCAGAGCACUUUACAGAAGCUAGAGAAAGAGAAGAGUUUUGAUUAUACCUAUGAUUAUAUUAACCAGCUAAAUGAUGUAAAUACUAAGCUUAGAUCCCGAAUUACUUCUGAACGAACCUUGGCGCAAGAAGCUUUAUUCUCUAAUAAGAUCACAAUUCUUUCUCUUAAAUCUAAAAUAAGUCAAUUAGAAUUUAAGUUGGCACAUUCUAUACCAUGCCCAUCUUUCUUAGAUUCAGAUACAAUAACAGAGAUAACGGAUGAGCAAGAAGAUUCAGAUACAAUAACGGAGAUAACGGAUGAGCAAGAAGAUUCAGAUACAAUAACGGAGAUAACGGAUGAGCAAAAAGAUUCUAAGUUACCCGAUUGGCUUUAA